GGCCGGGAGGACCGCCGCCGCCGCGAUGGCGCCGCUGCUGGGCCGCAAGCCCUUCCCUCUGGCGAAGCCGCUUCCCGGGGAGGAGCCGCUCUUCACCAUCGCGCACACGCAGGAGGCCUUCCGCACCCGGGAAGAGUAUGAAGCCCGCUUGGAAAGGUACAGUGAACGCAUUUGGACGUGUAAGAGCACCGGAAGCAGUCAGCUAACACACAAGGAGGCCUGGGAAGAAGAACAGGAAGUUGCUGAACUUUUGAAGGAGGAAUUUCCAACCUGGUACGAGAAACUUGUUCUGGAAAUGGUUCACCACAACACCGCCUCCCUGGAGAAGUUAGUAGACACUGCAUGGCUGGAAAUCAUGACCAAAUACGCUGUGGGUGAAGAGUGUGACUUUGAGGUUGGGAAGGAGAAAAUGCUCAAAGUGAAGAUUGUGAAGAUUCAUCCUUUAGAGAAAGUAGACGAAGAGGCCACUGAGAAGAAAUCUGAUGGUGCCUGUGAUUCUCCAUCAAGUGACAAAGAGAAUUCCAGUCAAAUUGCUCAGGACCAUCAGAAGAAGGAGGCAGUAGUAAAAGAGGAUGAAGGACGGAGGGAUAAUGACAGAGCACGUAGAUCUCCACGCAAACUUCCUACUUCAUUAAAAAAGGGAGAAAGGAAAUGGGCUCCUCCAAAAUUUCUGCCUCACAAAUAUGAUGUGAAACUACAAAAUGAAGAUAAGAUCAUCAGCAAUGUGCCAGCAGAUAGCUUGAUUCGCACAGAGCGCCCACCAAAUAAGGAGAUACUUCGAUACUUUAUACGGCAUAAUGCUCUACGUGCUGGUACUGGUGAAAAUGCACCUUGGGUGGUAGAAGAUGAAUUGGUGAAGAAAUAUUCCUUGCCUAGCAAGUUCAGUGACUUUUUACUUGAUCCAUAUAAGUAUAUGACUCUCAACCCUUCUACUAAGAGGAAGAAUACUGGAUCCCCAGAUAGGAAGCCCUCAAAGAAAUCCAAGGCAGAUAGUUCUUUGAGUUCACCAUUAAAUCCUAAGUUAUGGUGUCAUGUACAUUUGAAAAAAUCAUUGAAUGGCUCACCACUCAAAGUGAAGAACUCAAAGAAUUCCAGAUCUCCAGAAGAACAUCUGGAAGAAAUGAUGAAGAUGAUGUCACCCAACAAGUUACAUGCCAACUUUCACAUUCCUAAAAAAGGCCCACCAACGAAGAAACCAGGGAAGCACAGUGAUAAACCUUUGAAGGCUAAGGGCAGGAGCAAAGGCAUCCUGAAUGGACAGAAAUCCACAGGGAAUGCCAAAUCUCCCAAAAAGGGUUUAAAGACUCCUAAAACCAAAAUGAAGCAGAUGACUUUGUUGGAUAUGGCCAAAGGCACUCAGAAGAUGACACGAGCCCCCCGGAAUUCUGGGGCCACACCGAGGUCCUCCAGUAAACCUCAUAAACACUUGCCUCCUGCUGCUCUGCAUCUGAUUGCCUAUUACAAAGAAAACAAAGACCGUGAGGACAAGAAGAGUGCCCUGUCCUGUGUUAUCUCCAAAACAGCUCGUCUUCUUUCCAGUGAAGAUAGGGCUCGCCUCCCGGAAGAAUUGAGAACUAUUGUACAAAAGCGCUAUGAGCUUCUAGAGCAUAGGAAGAGGUGGGCCUCUAUGUCUGAAGAGCAGCGAAAAGAAUAUUUGAAGAAGAAACGACAGGAACUAAAAGAAAAGUUGAAGGAAAAAGCCAAAGAAAGAAGAGAGAAGGAAAUGCUUGAGAAAUUAGAAAAGCAGAAGCGGUAUGAGGACCAAGAGUUAAAUGGCAAAAGUCUUCCAACAUUUAGAUUGGUGGAUACCCCUGAAGGGCUGCCCAACACCCUCUUUGGGGAUGUGGCCCUAGUGGUAGAGUUCUUGAGCUGUUAUUCUGGGCUACUCUUACCAGAUGCUCAGUAUCCUAUUACUGCUGUGUCCCUAAUGGAAGCCUUGAGUGCAGAUAAGGGUGGCUUUUUAUACCUGAAUAGAGUUUUGGUCAUCCUGCUACAGACCUUACUACAAGACGAAAUAGCGGAAGACUAUGGUGAAUUGGGAAUGAAGCUGUCAGAAAUCCCGCUCACUCUGCACUCUGUUUCAGAGCUGGUUCGGCUCUGCUUGCGCAGGUCAGAUGCCCAGGAGGAAAGUGAGGGCUCAGACACAGAUGACAAUAAAGACUCGGCACCAUUUGAGGACAACGAGGUACAAGAUGAGUUCUUAGAGAAGCUGGAAACCUCUGAGUUUUUUGAGCUAACAUCAGAGGAGAAGCUGCAGAUCUUGACAGCACUGUGCCACCGGAUCCUCAUGACGUACUCAGUACAAGACCACAUGGAGACCAGACAGCAGAUGUCUGCAGAGCUGUGGAAGGAGCGGCUUGCUGUGUUGAAGGAGGAGAACGACAAGAAGAGAGCAGAGAAACAGAAGCGGAAAGAAAUGGAAGCCAGAAAUAAAGAAAAUGGCAAAGAGGAAAAUGGGUUAGGGAAAACUGAUAGGAAAAAAGAAAUUGUAAAGUUUGAGCCCCAGGUAGAUAUGGAAGCUGAAGACAUGAUUAGUGCUGUGAAGAGCAGAAGGCUGCUUGCCAUGCAGGCCAAGAGGGAACGGGAGAUCCAGGAAAGGGAAAUGAAAGUGAAACUAGAACGUGAAGCUGAAGAAGAACGAAUCCGGAAGCACAAGGCAGCGGCUGAGAAGGCUUUCCAGGAAGGGAUUGCCAAGGCAAAGCUAGUUAUGCGGAGGACUCCUAUUGGUACAGAUCGAAACCAUAAUAGAUACUGGCUCUUCUCAGAUGAAGUUCCGGGUUUGUUCAUUGAGAAAGGCUGGGUACAUGACAGUAUUGACUACCGAUUCAACCAUCGCCGCAAAGACCGUGCAGACUCUCCUGAUGAGGAUUACUAUCCCCGAAGUAAGAAAACAAACUUAGGCAAAAACACAACUGUUAACACACAGCAUGGAUCAGCAGUAGAAAUGGCUGUGGAGACUACCAUUCCCAAGCAAGGACAGAACCUAUGGUUUUUAUGUGAUAGUCAGAAGGAAUUGGAUGAGUUGCUAAACUGCCUUCAUCCUCAGGGAAUAAGAGAAAGUCAACUUAAAGAGAGACUAGAAAAGAGGUACCAGGACAUCAUUCACUCUAUUCAUCUAGCUCGUAAACCAAAUUUGGGUCUAAAAUCCUGUGAUGGCAACCAGGAGCUUUUAAACUUUCUCCGGAGUGAUCUCAUUGAAGUUGCAACAAGGUUACAAAAGGGAGGACUUGGAUAUGUGGAGGAAACAUCAGAAUUCGAAGCCAGGGUCAUUUCAUUAGAAAAACUAAAGGAUUUUGGUGAGUGUGUCAUUGCCCUUCAGGCCAGUGUCAUAAAGAAAUUUCUCCAAGGCUUCAUGGCUCCCAAGCAAAGGAGAAGAAAACUCCAAAGUGAAGAUUCAGUAAAAACUGAGGAAGUGGAUGAAGAGAAAAAAAUGGCAGAGGAAGCAAAGGUGGCAUCUGCUCUGGAAAAAUGGAAGACAGCAAUCCGUGAAGCUCAGACUUUUUCCAGAAUGCAUGUUCUACUUGGGAUGCUUGACGCCUGUAUCAAGUGGGAUAUGUCAGCAGAAAAUGCUAGGUGCAAAGUUUGUCGAAAGAAAGGUGAGGAUGACAAAUUGAUCUUGUGUGAUGAGUGUAAUAAAGCCUUCCACCUGUUUUGUCUGAGGCCGGCCCUCUAUGAAGUACCAGAUGGUGAGUGGCAGUGCCCAGCUUGCCAGCCUGCUACUGCUAGGCGCAAUUCCCGUGGCAGGAACUACACUGAGGAGUCUGACUCUGAGGACAGCGAAGAUGAUGAGAGUGACUCAGAGGAAGAAGAGGAGGAGGAGGGAGAGGAAGAUUAUGAGGUGGCUGGCUUGCGAUUGAGACCUCGAAAGACCACCCGGGGUAAGCAGGGCAUCAUCCCCCCGGCAGCACGGCCAGGACGACCAAGUAAGAAGCCACAUCCCACCAGGAGGCCACGGCCAAAGGCGUCCCCUGUGGAUGAUGCUGAGGUUGACGAGCUGGUACUUCAGACCAAGCGCAGCUCCAGGAGGCAAAGCCUGGAGCUGCAGAAGUGUGAGGAGAUCCUCCACAAGAUUGUGAAGUACCGCUUCAGCUGGCCCUUCAGGGAGCCUGUGACCAGGGAUGAGGCUGAGGACUACUAUGAGGUGAUCACCCACCCCAUGGACCUUCAGACAAUACAGAACAAGUGUUCCUGUGGGAACUACCGCUCCGUGCAGGAGUUCCUUACUGACAUGAAGCAGGUGUUCACCAACGCUGAGCUCUACAACUGCCGAGGCAGCCACGUGCUCAGCUGCAUGGUGAAGACGGAGCAAUGCCUGGUGGCACUGCUGCAUAAACACCUCCCUGGACACCCGUAUGUCCGCAGGAAACGCAAGAAGUUUCCCGACCGGCUUGCUGAUGAUGAAGGGGACAGUGAUCCAGAGCCUGUUGGACAGUCCAGGGCACGAAGGCAGAAGAAAUAGAGAGGUGGGCCCCUGGUAAGGGAGCUGAGCCCGUACUCUGUCUCUUCCUCCUCCUCCCUCUCAGGUGACGGUAUGUCAGUGAGUGCCAUACAGAAUUCUGUUUUCACCAGCAUCAUGAGACAGUUGUGGUCUUUUGAGUUGAUCUUAGCAGAGUAAAGGGACAUUUUCUGGAGCCAUUCCUGAACACCCUGCCCCUUCUUUGUGAUAGCCUUCUCCCACUUCCCUGCCCCACCGCCUCAACAAAGCAAAACAAAACAAAACAAAAAAUGAAGGCACUUCACUUAGAGACUGAGUCCUGCUUAUAAUCAUGCGUAUAACCUUUAUUUGAUGGAUCUGGCCAGAGGGGUGUUGGAGCCCAGCCCACCCACAUACCAGACGAGCUCUUAGGGAGCAGAAGAGCAGGAAGAAUUGAAAUGUUUGAUUUUUUUUUUUUUAAUUGACUUUUCUAGUUAUUAAAAGUUGCUUGUUUCAGCAGUGAUAUUGUAUAAAGAACAUCUUGUAAAAUAUCUGUCAUCUCGCUUUGGCAUAUGUACAGUACAGUUUAUAUGAUGUGUCUGCUUUACGCCCCCAUCGCCCUCACCCACCUGGUCUUCUGCAGAGGAGCUGGGUUGGAGACUGGUCCAGUGGCAUCUUGGUGGCCAGGGACCCUUCUGCCUACUGUGGCGGCGCUCUCUGCCUCCUCCUCCAUAUCUGCUUCUUCCCAUGCCCAUUCUGGCUUCAGACUCAGAGCUCCUGCGAACUGCAUAUGGCAGUGGUCAGUGUCAGUGGGGGUGGAGGGCGGGAGCAGCUCAGAGAGCAGUUCCACAGCCAGUCUAGCCUAGUCGUUAUAUUUAGGCAAAAGUUUGUAGUCUUCUUUCCCUUUUAUGACAGAUUUUGAUAAAAGUACAAGACAGGGUUUGAUUUUUCUAUUCUAUCAACUUUGAAUUUGGAACACGUGAGCACCUCAGCUCUUCUGUAUCUAUUUAAAGGAAAAGAAGCCCACCAAUGGGAUUGCUACUCCUAGACUGAGAGUAAGCCUCCUGACAUGACACUCCCAGGUGUGGUCCCAGCUCUCCUUCUCCUCCUUGCCCGGGGGUUCUGGGACUCGUCUCAAGUGGCUGGUGGGUAGGGUUACCACCCUUCUCCAGGCUUGGGGUAAGCACUGACUUGACACCAGGACAAGCCCUGCCACCACCCCGGCCCCUGCUGCUUAUUCUAGAUCCAGUCUGUUCUUGUUAUAGUGAGAAUCCGUGUUCCCACUGCAGUGACACCUGAAUUGUUGGUUGUUUUUUUAAUUGUCUUUAAGGAGGAAGGGCCCCAUUAAAGGGUGAACUUGUAAUAAAUUGGAAUUUCAAAUAAA